CCUACGUACCUCAACUCCCCAAUCUUCAUCACCUCCGAGCAGCGGCGGCAGAUCACGACCGCCAUUUCCAGUCCUUUCCCUCCACCGCCGCAAAACGACGGCGGAAGAGCCGGCCCUCCUCCUCCUCCUCCGAUGGCGGAUCCGUCGCUCCACCACGAGACGCAGCCCCUGAAGCAGAUCGCCGUCGACUACACCCCGGAGGCCUGCGACCACUGCCCCGCCGCCAACUCCAUCGCCCUCACCUUCGACCACCGCGGCGGCGCCAGGUGGCGCACCACCUCCCGCUUCCGGUACGGCACGUUCAGCGCCCUCAUCCAGUGCCCCGGGGGCAACACCAGCGGCCUCAACUUCAACCUCUACCUCUCGUCCCUCGAAGGCGACAAGUCGCAGGACGAGAUCGACUUCGAGUUCCUGGGCAAGGACAAGACCAUUGUCCAGACCAACUAUUACACCACAGGUACCGGCAACAGGGAGCAGAUACAUGAUCUGGGAUUCGACUGUUCCGAUGGGUUCCAUGAAUACGUGAUCAAGUGGGAUAAAGAGUACAUCGAGUGGGUUAUCGAUGGUAAGUUGGUGAGAAGAGUCGAGAGAAAGGAGGGGGAGGAUUUCCCAGAUAAGCCCAUGUUCCUGUACGCAUCAGUUUGGGACGCGAGCUACAUCGACAAUGCAAGGUGGACGGGGCCUUAUGUCGGCUGCGACGCUCCCUAUGUGUGUUUGUACAAGGACAUCCACGUUCCUGUCCGGACGGCACUGGAGUGUUCUUCCGACUCGUGAUCCGGCUGUGCUGUCGGUACUGAUAUGGCGGGCCUAUGAUUCAUCUGAUGAGUGACAAGUUUGAGUUUGUGGUUUUGAGUUUCUACUUUGUAAUGGAAUCUGUCAUCCAUGACUGUGAUGAAUGAUGGAUGUGUUGCUGUUGAAGAGCUGCAUUGCUGCUGGUAUCUCCUAGUGGCCACUCUUUUUUGUGUUUUCUGAUGGACAAUGUGAUUGGUUAUGACAUUUUUUUGCGUAAAUUUCACUCAGCAUGCAUUCAUCUCA